UCCAAUCUCCAUCGUCUCACAGGAAGCUGAAUAUUUCCUUCUUGGUCAAGACCUUGAACCUUGAAUUCAUAAAGACUCUCAAAGCAUCAGCAACAAAGGACUCAUGUACAAAACCUCAUGGAAGCAGAAGCCCACUGCAUUUCAUCACAAAGGACAUACAGAAGUCACUGACCUUGCAUCAUAGGAGAGGUCACAAUGGAGACUUUGGCCACCACUGAGAACUAUAACAUAACUACUGAAUAUGACUAUGGGGACACAACUCCAUGCCAGAAGACAGCUGUGCGGGCCUUUGGGGCUGGACUGCUGCCUCCCCUGUACUCCACUGUGUUCAUCAUCGGUGUGGUAGGCAACAUCUUGGUGGUGCUUGUACUAAUGCAGUACAAGAGGCUGCACAGCAUGACCAGUAUCUACCUGCUCAACCUGGCUAUUUCUGACCUGCUCUUCCUCUUCACUCUGCCCUUCUGGAUUGAUUACAAGAUGAAAGAUGACUGGAUUUUUGGUGACGCCAUGUGUAAGCUACUGUCUGGGUUUUAUUACCUGGGUUUAUAUGGUGAGAUCUUUUUUAUCAUUCUCUUGACCAUUGACAGGUACCUGGCUAUCGUCCAUGCAGUGUUUGCCCUGCGGGCUCGAACUGUUACCUUUGGCAUCAUCACCAGCAUCAUCACUUGGAGCCUGGCUUUGUUGGCUUCUGUCCCUGGCUUUUACUUUUUCAAGACCCAGUGGGAAUUUACCCACUCCACCUGCAGCCCACAUUUUCCCUAUGAAAGCCUGAGGGAGUGGAAGCGUUUUCAGGCUCUGAAGCUAAAUUUCCUUGGGCUAAUUUUGCCUCUCUUGGUCAUGAUCAUCUGCUACACAGGAAUCAUUAACAUUCUCCUCAAACGACCAAAUGAGAAGAAGGCCAAAGCUGUGCGUCUGAUUUUUAUUAUCACACUCAUUUUCUUCCUUCUCUGGACUCCCUAUAAUUUGGCUGUAUUUGUUUCUGCUUUCCAAGAUGUCUUAUUUACCAAACAGUGUGAGCAAAGCAAGCAGCUAGACCUGGCCAUGCAGGUGACUGAAGUGAUUGCCUACACCCACUGCUGUGUCAACCCAGUCAUCUAUGUCUUUGUGGGUGAGCGGUUCCGGAAGUACCUCCAGCAAUUGUUUCAGAGACAUGUGGCUGUUCCCAUGUCCAAAUGGCUGCCCUUCCUCUCUGUGGACAGGUUAGAGAGGACCAGCUCCUUGUCUCCAUCCACAGGGGAGCAUGAACUCUCUGCUGGCUUCUGACUCAGAAUCCUGGAUGCCAAAGUCCUGGGAGAAGUCAACUUCCAGUCAUGAGACCAGGGGAAAAUGAAGAGCUAGUAUGGCUCUCCCAAUCACAUUCUCACAGCUGGCAUAGCGAAGACUCAUGACAACCAUAAGGACAUGCUGCCUUUAGGCACAGUGAGGACUUAUAGCUUGGGUUAGAGGGAACUUAAGUAUCACUUACGUAUGUCACUUUUGGGCCUUUAAUGCUCUCCAUGUACUUCUCCUUGUAGGAAAUGAGAACAAUGAGCAGAGUGGGACAUUACAGAGACUGGGACAAUGCGUGACAGGGGAGGGCCGGGCCCAAUCAGGUGGUUAUAAGUAUCUGGUCAUUAGUAUUUGCAAACAAGUUACUGCCCCACCUAGCACCACCAAUGAAGGUGAUACCAGUAGAUUCCACAGGUGAGUCUACUCUAAGACUAGGAGCCAAUGAGAAGCCACAGCUGCCUUUCCUACAAUGUCCCACUGCAGGGCCUGAGCUCUUGGAAACCCUGGAGAUUUCAAGUGAAAAUACUUGAGACCUUAGGGGGACUGCUGCUGGUAGUAGGUAGGAAAUCCCUUAGAGAGAGUUUUAUACUUGCUAUAGUGAGACACUUCCAGCCUCUGAACUUAAGCUGGAGGGUGGUCUGCUUCUUGACGGCCUUAAGGGAGGAGGCCAUUCUUCUCUUUGAGUGUCCCUUAUAGAGUCUCCCUUCCUCACACAUUGGAUAAGGGUAGGUUUCUGACAAAUAGAAGCAGGGUUGGUUUUCUUAUUUCUAGUCUCCACUCAGGCCUUCUAGUUUUAUGGGUCAGAGUUCUGACCACCUCUUUGGGCCCAGCAGCAGAAGAAUGGUCUGCUGUGCCAGCUACCUGUGUCUUGGAUAGAGGGGAGGAAACAAACUUCCAAUUAUAAGAGUUGCCCACCUUUACACGGAAAGGACAUGCUGCCUCACUGCCUCACAUGUCCUUGGUUGAGAGGCCCUUUACGAAAGUGGCUUAUUUACCCAAAAUGUCCUUCAUACCUCUUCUAUAACCAAGGCCCCCCUUAUCAUUAUCAGUGUUCUUUUCUGUCAGAUGUAUAUUUCUUCAAAAUCUGUUUUCCUAAAACCAAAAAUUGUCCCUAGAAAAGCUUAAAAACACCAAGAAAGUAAUUUUUUUUAAAGGCAUUCACAAUUUCAACCCAAAG